GCUUCCGGGUCGGGGCGAAUUCGGCUUCUAGGCCUCCGAGAGACAGUUAUGGCGUCCGGAUGUCGGAUAGGUCCUUCCAUUCUCAACAGCGACCUGGCGGCUCUGGGAGCCGAGUGCAGGCGCAUGAUGGAUUGCGGCGCAGACUACCUGCACCUGGAUGUAAUGGACGGGCAUUUUGUCCCAAACAUCACUUUUGGCCAUCCUGUUGUAGAGAGUCUUCGGAAGCGGCUGGGUCAGCAGGCCUUUUUUGAUAUGCAUAUGAUGGUUGCUAGACCAGAACAGUGGGUAAAACCUAUGGCUGUAGCUGGUGCAAAUCAGUAUACCUUUCAUAUAGAAGCUACAGACAAUCCAGGGGCCCUCAUCAAAGAUAUAAGAGAAAAUGGAAUGAAGGUUGGUUUGGCUAUCAAGCCAGGAACUACAGUAGAAUAUUUAGCACCAUGGGCCAAUCAGAUAGACAUGGCUUUAGUUAUGACAGUGGAACCUGGUUUUGGUGGACAAAAGUUCAUGGAAGAUAUGAUGCCAAAGGUUCACUGGCUGAGAACCCAGUUUCCUUCUUUGGAUAUUGAAGUAGAUGGUGGUGUAGGGCCAGAUACUAUACAUAAAUGUGCAGAGGCUGGUGCAAAUAUGAUUGUAUCUGGGAGUGCUGUAAUGAAGAGUGACGACCCUAGAGCUGUGAUUAACCUUCUGAGGAAUGUGUGUUGUGAAGCUGCUCAAAAGCGUUCUCUUGAUCGCAACUGGAAGAACAGAAGAUACUUACAAGAAAUUUAUUACUAUGAAAAAAUAACUUACUAGAAAGAAGAAUUCCAUCUUUUGAAUGAUCAAAACCCACCUUUUGGCUAAUUUUAAUAAAGAUGUAAGUCAGAACUAGCUCUGUUUUAAGAGUGAGAAUCAAAUCAACAAAAUA